AUGUAUGUUAAAGAUAUAGAAGUCAAUCAUAAAAUUAUUUAUGUCAAAGACAAACCAGAUAUUAAUAUAUUCUAAUAUAUGAUGUAACAAAUGAAUUUAUUGAAUCAGCUUUAUAAUAAGGUUCAUUAUAAACUCAUUGCCCAAUCGAAAUAAGUUGAUCACCUGCCAUUUUUAUAGCAUUAACAGUUAAAAGAAUAUAUAUAAUUUACAAAUAGAUUUUAGAAAAACAAUAGAGAAAAACUUAAGGAACUCUAUUUAUAAUAAAGAAAUUUUAAUAUUAUUUUUAAAAAGCACAACAAAAAGUUACAAGAAAAAGAACAAUCAUUUGCCCUAAUUUUGAAUUUUCAUUCUAACUAAAACAAUAUAUGA